CUGAUGUAGUGUCCGUCGCACACGGGCAGCGUUCGAUGCCGAGACGCCAUUGGUGAAAUUCAAGUAAAAUUCCACCAAUGAGGAGGGCGAUUGGCCAGGCGGAAUAAUAUAGGGCGUGAAUUUGCUGGUUUUUGGUUUCGUCGGAAGCGGCCGGAGGACGACGAUCGCGGCCACGGAGGAGACGUCCAUCAGAAGCGCUACCAUCGCCGUACCAAGAAGAGGAAGCGCCACAGUGAACAUGGAGCAGCCGGAACCUCUGCGCCACUCCCCGCGCCAUGGCCCGCCGGGGGGUAGCGCCGCAGGGUUGGGACCGAAUGGCACAAAGAAGCCCGUGGCCCAUGGCCACCCAGCUUAUGCUGGCAGACCACAGAACUACGCGCCGCCGCCGAACGGCGCGGCCCCACCACGCGGUGGCCCGCGAGGGCCUAUGAUGCCCGGUCCACCCCCCGUGUCGGCUCGGGUCGAUGGCGACCAUCGUGAGAACAGCCGGUCGCACUCGUCGUCGCGGCAUGUGCCCCAUGCGACGGCGGUCCAGCGCCGCCCGAGUGCGACACGGCCGGCCUUUUUAUCGACACAAAAUCAGCGCUUGCAAAAGCGACAAGAGCUCCUCGAAAUGAACAGCUUCCAGGGCCCGUCCGAGGACACGACGUCGCUCCGGUACGCGCUUUCGGUCUUUGGUCUGGACCCGCGCUUCCUCAAGGACGCCGAGAACCCGAAUACGACGGCCAAAUUGGGGAUGCCGGGCAUCUUCCAGACGCACCCGUCACACCCAGAGGAGCAGUACCACCACUUUGCCAAGCGGCGGGCGGCGUACGUCGCACAGACCGCGCGCGGCCUCGGGCCCAUGCCGGGCAAUUGGCACAAGCAGUAUGCGUUUUUCAGCGAGCAGAUCCCGCUCUUUGACCGACUGGCGCACGUGGCGGCGCUGCCGCUGGCCAAGUCGCCGGCGCCGUCGCCCAACAACUUUAUCGAGUUUGUGUACAAGCAAGUGCGACGGUUCGCCGAGCCGGGCGCGCACCACAUGUGGAUGUUGGACCUUGCGCGCGGCAAGUUUACGCUCGCGGAUAUGGUGCAGACGUACGGCGGCAUUGCGCACGAGUCGUGGCACCCGAGCGACGAGUCCAAGUGCCCGAUUCUGGACACAGUCGCCAAGUACAACUGCGGGUUCCCCGAAGCCACGUGGUACAUCCAAGCCAACGUCGUGUACCAGGAGCUGCACAGCCUCCGGCGCGACACGGACCAUCGCAGCGGCGACUGGUUCUUCCACUCGAAACGGUACCAGCGCCGCGCGUACGAGUGGACGGGCCAGCUUCUCCAGUGCCUUGUUGCGAGUGCCCGCCAGAGCUACGACGAGCCGACGCCGCUGCUUCAAGCGAGCAGCAGCAAGCAGAAGAAGCCAUCGACACCACCGCUGAUCGUGCCGGCCAAACCGGCCAAAGGCAAAAAAGCUGCAGCCAAGCCCGUCGUUGCCGCGCUCCCACCGGUGCCAUCGAUCUCGGCGCUGGAGAAGACUGUGUACCUCCUCCAGCUCUCGGCGUACCAGUUCCAACUGCAUUUGCUGGACCGGAAUCGGUACCUCCAAGGCCUCCUCGCGCUCUUUCAAAAGUGUUUGGAGCCCAAGGCCGGGGCGUCGACGCCCGAGCUGCCGCUGCCGCUGCCAAUCAUGGUGCAGCUCCUUCAGACGCUGCACACGCUCUUGCCCGACAUGCUCGAGCACCCGCUGUGCGUGAAACUGCUCGUCAAGAUUGUGCUGCAGCAUUUGCAGCUGCUUGUGAACGACCCGUCGGACGUCGGGGCCCCCUCGAGUCUCUACGCCGAGUCGCUCGUGUGCGGCAUGUGCCACCUCCUCCGCGACGUCUUGCUGUACGCGACGGACCACCUCAUUCACGUGCGCGACGACGUGCUGCAAGUGUGGCCGCCAUUUGUGCUGACCGAUCGGUUCUUUGAUCGCACCAUGUACUCGGACGAAGCCAUCGCCGCGUGCUUGACGCAGUGCCACGCCAAGCUCGACGAAGUCACUGCCCGCAUCGCCCGCGUCAAGGAGUUCCACGCGGUGAUCGCCCGCAAGCGCCACAAGGACGCACUGGGCGACAAGAAACAGCGCCACGACGUCGAGAUCUUUGAGCUCCUCGACGAGUUUCAUGGCGGCAAAACCAAGCUUGAAGCCGACGACGUCUACGCCCAGAUCUUCCAGGACGAGCCCGUGACGGUCGAUGUCCAUGCGAUCCACGCCGUGUGCGAGUGGGCCGUCUCGAUCUACCGACCGCAAGAGUACAAGUUUGUGUCGGUCGUGUACCUUCUCGAGACGCACAACCACGCGCUCUGUGCCCGCGACUUGUCGCCGCGCGAACAUGCGUCGUUCUUGCAAGAGCCGCUGACGACGUUUCUCAAGACGUAUGUGCCAACGCAGAACGCCGAGCUCGCGUCCUUACUGGACCUCUUCUCGCUCUUGAUCCGCCGCCGGCUCUUCUUUACGGACGCCUUUAUCCUCGCGAUGGACCAGCUUCUCGAGCGGCCGACUGUGGCGUCGUCGCUUCUCUCGCUCUCGUACUACUUUGAGUAUGGGCCGAACAAGGGCGGGUUCAAGGACAUUGCUGCCGUGCCAUUGCACGACCGGCUGCGAUUGUACCUCUGGCAGUUCCCGCGCGGCCCGGCACCGUUUGGGGCGCUGCCGCUGGAGCUUCGCGGCGACAUCCAGGGCGAGACCGACACGGACACGCUGAGCUUGUGGAUGGAAUUGGUCGGCGUCGUGCCCGACGAGCUCCAGCGGUCGCGCACGCUGGAGCGGGCGAUGGGUCUCUGCAUGGCUGUCUUUUCCACGGCGCAGAGCACGGAGUUUGAGGUCAUGACCAAGGUCGUCGAGCUCUACUCGGCCAUCAAGCGGCUCACGGCGCACGACAAGACGCGGCUGACGCAGUGGCUGCUCGCGCGUGUGUACGCUGUCGACGACGCGGGGUUUUUCGCGCUCUCGGAGCUCUGCAAUGUCGAGUUUACGCUGCGCCUGUUGCUCGUGCUGCUCGAGCUCAUUGACGUCUUGAGCCUCCUCGAAGUCGUCAUCCACUUUGUCCGGCACGCUCCCGUGUACAUGGUGAAAGCCGUGCUCAUGCCGCUUUUGGACCGGCACCAAAUGACGUUCUACGCGUCGCAGGACCUGCUCGCGCUCAUCCAAGCGUACGAGUACCGGUGCCACGCGUUCCGCCGCCACGGCUUUGACCCGGACGACAAGGUGCAGACGAUCGCAAUGUUCAUUGCGCGCAUCUACCAAAGCAACUCGAAGGCGCUCGAUAAGGCGCUCAAGGCGCUCGACGCGCGGUCACCGCCCGAAGUGCUCACGAAGGCGUUCUUUGCCAUCUUGAAAGAAGACAAGCUCAAGACGGACCCGAGCAAGGACCUCUCGCUCGAAGGCGUCAACCACAAGUGCGCGUUCCCGAAGGACAAGGACACGAUGGGGCCGGACCUCGCGGCCGUCCUCGCCAAGAUCUUUGCGGGGCUGAGUCCGAAUGACGAGCCGAGCCCGGUGGUGGCGCGCAGCUUUACGCACCUCAUGGGCUCGGUGGACGCGAGCGAGAUGGCGUGCCGGGACGUUGGUGUCGAAGAGGCCGUGAACGCACUCCUCGCGCACAACCCGUCGACGUCGCAGCAGCGCAUCUUUGUGUUCCGCGCGCUCCUGACCGAAGUCAUGGACAAGUGGCUCGCGCUGCUGCAUGCGACGGCGGCCAAGAAGGCAACGGCGUCCAACUCGAUUCGGCAGAUCCAUUUCCUCGUGCCGCAGCACCUGCACCGGUGCGUGCGCGUCUUGCGGGACUUUAUCGACGCGCAAGACGAAGGCGACCGCAAGCUCGUUCGCGACACGCUCCUCGCGUGGCUCCACCGCGAGGUCAUUGUGGGCUUCAACGGCCUCGAAAAGGCCGACGCCAAAGGCAAGACCAAGCACCCGUUCCUCUCGCGCGGCGACUCGAGCGGCAAAGAAGCGUAUGCGUGCAACCUCAAGGGCCGGCUCGACAAGGCGCAGUACGGUCUCAAGCUCUUUUUGCAGUCGCUCGUCCUCCACGGCAUCCUCGACCUCCCCCAAGUCAUUCGGUAUGUGCUCGUGCCGGGCUUUCCAAAGAAGAACGCCAAGACCACCGAGGCGCGGUCGCUCCCGAACCAGCUGCUCUCGAUGGCGCUCGCCUUCCACUUGCUCGGCGACGCGCCGCCGCAGUACACGCAGAUUGACGCCAAGACGAUGGCGCAGAUCGACGACCCGAUGCUCAAGUACCACUGGCGUUUCCUUCGGAGCAUGGUGCCCUCGACCGUCUUGUUUCCACUGCUGUUGCUGUUUUGCCAAAUGUCGUACCAGCUCACGACGGACGGACAGACGCUCAAGCCGCGGGACGAGCGCGGCAACCUCGCGAGCCUCAUCCUCUUCCACUGCACGAACGACAUGCUCGUGCGCGAGAGUCUCUUUGCCGACAAGGAGCUUCGCGAGCGCUACAUCGCCAACGCGGCCAAGGAGCCGGACAACGUCUGGAUGCUCAACGUGCUCCUCAAGCACCUCAGCCGGCCGCUCAACACGCCGGCCGAGCUCGCCAUGAACCGCAUCCAGCUGCUCAAAGCCGAAGCGAUCUUUGAGGCAAUGGACAAGUGGCUCGUGCACCGAGGUGGGUCGACGUACCUCGAAGUGCAAAUGGUCCGGCAGCACGCCAAGGCGGUCAAGCGCGCGAAGAAGCCGACCUUGCCGCGGCUUGUCGACACGCGCGUCGUCGAGGUGCGUAGCAAUUACGCACCGCUCUUGGCGCUGCCCCCGCCGUCCUUGGACGACACGCACUUGGCGUCGUCGACGCUCUCGUCCAGCGACAAGAUUGGCAUCCUCGUGGCCCACAAGCUCUUUGUGCGAUGUGCGCGCCCGUCGUUUUACGCACCAGACGUGGCCAGUCCGGCGUCCUCGACCGAGCGCGCGCUCGCUCAGCGUGAAACAUGCGACGUGGCGAACGCGCACCUGCUCGCGUCGUGCGUCACGUGCAUUCCGUCGGCGCAGAUCACCGCCAGCGUCCUCGGCGCGGUCGUCUCGCGCGUCUGCGAACAGCUCGAGUUUGACUGCUUGCUGCCAACGACGUGCGACGAAUUCCUGAGCACGUUUUCGUCGGCGGCGGUCGCGACCUUUCUCCGGCGCGUGCUCACGGCGCCGUUGACGCCAGCGACCAUGUACGCGCGCUUCUUGCGGUCACUGCUCAAGCAGCUCGAGGGGCUCCGCGCGGCAUUCCAAGCCGACCCCGCGGACUGUGCGGUGCGCGCGGCGCUCCGACGCAAGCUCGCGCUGCGGCUCCAGCUCGUGAGCAUUGCUGCGUCGGUGACCAACUACACGCUGCCGUACCGCAACGGCAUCAUCAAGGUGCUCGUGAGUCUCCUCGAGACGCCGCUCGUGUGCACGGACACGGGCCUUCCGCUCUUUUCGUGGAUCUUGGAUCUUAUUCCGCUCAUUCCGUCGACCGUCUUUGCCGACAUGGAGACCGCGGACAUUGUGCGGGGCCUGCGCCUGCCACCGGCGCUCCAGCGCCGCGUGUUUGUGAUAUUCCCCAAGAGCGUGUACGGCGCGCGGCCGCUGCCGAUGGCCAACAAGCGCAAGAUGGACCCGUGGGCGCGCCUCGACGGCUUUCCCGACCUCCCGAGCGACGUCUUUGCGCCAUUGAGUGCGCCGGCCAAGGCCAAGCGGCGACGCGUCUGGCGCGCCCUGUAGUGGUAUGUAUGCAAGGAGAUAACCCUCCGUUGGUCUUGUUCUUGC